AUGCAGAAGCUUCAAGACAGUGUAUUUUCUAUUUUAAAAACUACAAGUUUAUCACCUGCGGUGUUUAGUUUUUUACAACCUACAGACGAUUUUGCAGAAACACCCUUAGGCGGAAUUUUACGUGACACAAAAUAUGGUUGGCUUGCUCUUGGAUCAAAAUUCUGUGUUGUUGAUCUCAGAAAUGGAUGGAAAGUUGCAGAAAGGACCUUUGGAAAUGGGUCCAGCCAUAUCACAGUAACCAGUGUGAUUGAACUACCACAUCCCCUUACUAGAGGCUCCCAACAGCUUGUCAUUAGCCUUGAAACUGAUGACAGAGGCUUGAUAUGCAUUCUACAUAUUAAUGGGUCUCAAAUACUUCGCUGUAUAGAAACUGAUGUAAUUAUCACAGAGCUGGCCUUGUGUGAUGAUGUGACUAAUGGACCACUUACUUGUUUUGAUGGGUUGUUGAUGGCUGGGACUCAGAAGGGAGAGGUUUUAGUUAUAGAUCUUAAUAGAAGCUCUUUGAUGCAAGCUCUAACAGACAUAACUGAAGGAAAUGUAGAUCUUAUAAAAAAUGAGUCGGAUCCAGCUACUCUGUCAUUUAUGUCUCUUAAAUCACUACACAAAUAUGAAAGACAAGGAGAACUACCAGUAAAUAACAAUGAGCACUUCACCAUAGUCUUAAACGAAGAUUCAUUUAUUGACAGUCAGUACAUAUUUAGAAACCCUGAUGGCAGUUUGGCCGUUGGGUACAACUUUGGUGCAUUUCAGUUAUGGAAUAUAUUUGAUUUAGCUCUUGAAUAUACAUCUCAGGUGAAUGUGGAGUGCUUGCCUGUAACACAUUUUGGAUUCCAGGAACCUUGCGAUGACCCAAGAGCUUUCUGCUAUCUCUGGGUUGUAUUUUCAGUGACAAAUAGAUUUGAGGAACAUGAGUUUCCCCUGGCUGUGAUGUACUCUUUAACUUACCAAGGGAAACGAAUGCUGGUUGAUAAUAAAUGUUUAUAUCAGGAGUUUUCUUCAGCAACAGUAAGCUUUCAAGUAGAAUUAGGAUCUAUGGACAAUAUGCACUUAAUUGGUGGUCGGUGUAUUUCCACUCAUACAUUCUCUAUUAAUACUAUGUUGGGAGAAGAAGGGGAAGAUACCAUGUUAAAUCUAUGUCAGCUGGUUUGGGAAUGUUGGGGUGAACAGACCAAGUCAUCGCAUUACGGCAUGCUUCUCUUUGAUUUAGACCAGUGGUACAAAGAUCAAAUGCCUGCUACAUACCAGCUCCAAAGUAACACUUUCAUGAGUACGGCCUGGUGUUCAGAGCUUGGAAGAGGAAGCCUCACGCUGGACUUGAGGUUGGAUCCCAGCUCUCUAUCCCCAUAUUCCCACGCCACCAGGCUUGAGGAACAUUUUUAUCCUAAUUCAUUACUAUAUAAUUGUGUGUGCCUUAACACCUCGGAAGCCAUAAAGCUUCACACUGUGGGCAUACAACGUCAAAUCAUCAACUCCAUAUCGAGUUCGGGGCCCUCUUGCUUGCUGUCCCCAGCUCGACUCUACGCGUCCUGCAUGUCCGCCGGACUUAUGCCUGCCUAUAUCACGGCGGAUACAGACAAUUCUGUGGAUGAACAACGAAAAUUCUUACUAUCUGUUGUACUUGAAGCUCGAUUGAGCCAGUUUCUCAAGCGCUGUGCUCAAGAUUGGGCGACUGGCACCCACACCGGGGUCGGAUGUACCCUCACUUUUUUGGUGGAUUGGGCCUGGAAGCGCGCUAUAGAACUCAAAGAGAACGCAAAGGAACUCAUUUUGCCCCUCUUCACUUCGGCCACUUUGCCAGACAGGAAUGUUAUACGUUGCCUGGAGCACAGCGUGCAACAGCUAAGUCAGUUGACGGGACUACUUGACGCCGUCAUUACGAAAUGCUGCAAUCUUGUUGUGCCUGAGGCUCUAAGUGAGAUAGAAGAGAAAUUCAAGGGUAUUGGCACCGUGUCUCUGUAUUUCCAAGUGAUUCAGUGGUUUUUGAGAGUGGGUUUAUUACCCGAGAGAAACCACCCACACGCCUCACUGCCAUAUCCCGCUGAACAGCUGUACGCCAUUUAUAAGAAGCGCCGCGAAAAGCUUCAUCGUAUUCAGGGCGAGUCUAUAGACGGUGACCCAAGUUGCGUCCCUAGUUCGCUUCUGUAUGUGGACCAGCUCAUCAUCAAUGAAUUUGGAGGUCAAACAGUGCACCAGAUUUGGACUCGUGCGGGCAGUGAAUGCGGUGGAUUGUACCCACCUCCAUCGCUAUACGCCUUGCUAAGGCUGUAUCUCUUACCAGAUAUAUCUGAAGAGCACAAACAUUCUCUUCUUUUAUAUCUCUUACUGGACUACUCUAUGCUCUAUGAUGAUGGACAGUACGAGGCAGUGAUCCGUCGCCUGAUGCAGUUCCCGCCAAUGUUUGGUCUAAGCACAACUCAGGUUCGAGCCACGCAAGCCUUCUGGCAUCUCGACCACAGGGACUUCCAUUUCGCACUCGAUCAAUUACAAUGCCUAACUGGCAACACAUUAUCCGACUGGCAACACCAAGUCGUUCUAUCGUCUUUGCUCGCGCAAAAGAAGUCGCAAGCUGCCUUGCAAUACUUGCAUCUUAGACGCCCAGCUCCAAUACAGAAUAAGGCGAGAAUCGGUGACUCGGCCAAUUCACUGAAUGAGUAUGACAAGUUCGAAGAUUGGCAAUCGUAUUGUAAAUUAUACCUCGCGAGGGGUUUGGUAUUUGAGGCUUUCGAUGUUGUACGAGUUUGCACGCAAAGUGCGGGAUCGAUUGAUGACAAAACGCAAGUGCUGAAUUAUUUUUUUAAAGGUUGUAGAAAUAGCGGUCAUUUGUCUAAAGUACUACAAUUGACCCUUUUGCCUUUAGAAGAAGAGGUCUUCAUCAGGUAUUUGAAGGAAUGCAAUGAACCUGCUACCUCAGAUAUACUUGUCAUGUACUAUUUGCAACAGUCUAGAUACCUCGAAGCGGAACAAUACAACAAGCAAAUAAAGUCUAAUAGCAAAUGGCGGGAAAUAUGUCGUUCAGUGGAAUCAAUGAGCGAUUUAAUGGAACGGGAGAGUGCGAGAGAUGUCAUAGUGGAAGUCAUGUGUAGGUGUGUUCCCAAUAUUGCCACUACUGUAGCGAAAUUCGCUACUCAGGAGUUUGAACCCCACGUUCGUAAACCCAAGCCUAUGUCAGUGUACGUGAAGGCGAAGUCACCCCAAAACACGUUUACAUAUAAAUCAUCGUUCAUACAGGACGCAAUUGAGAAUGCAAGUGAGACUUGGAUAAACAAACCCACGAUGAAGAAAGGUCUUAAACGGGCUCUCAAUAUUAACGAAACUCCGUUCAUUUGUACUCCGAAACUUUAUAAGGCGAAGAGUAUACGUGAAAAACAAUCCGAGUCAACACCGGCGAAGCGUGCGAAACUGGAUCUAUCACCUAAAACACCGAGGAACAAAAGUGUGCUGAACGUGAGCCACAAGCUGACUGAGCAAAUCUCCACUUUACUCGAAAUGCCUCACGUCGAGAGCCCCAAACAUAAUAUACGAUCGGAAACGCCGCAUAGUAUACUUAAGACUCGUAGACUGGAAUACCAAGAGAGAGACAUCUCAUCACCAACGGAAUCCCGAUACCUUGGAGAAAGCGAUGAGGAAAUGGAAACGGCCAGCAAUCACACACAUUACAGCGACUCCACUAACAAACAUCUAAGAUUUACUAUUCCGACUCCGACGGAAAUUGUUCCCACUCAAUCUCCGGUAGCAGUGUCCAUACAACCUUCGCAGGAUACAACUGAUCAUGGACAAGAGGAUUCAGAUCAACCCCAAAAAUUGGAAUCUCCUCCAAAGAAGUUUGCAGCUGAAAGGGUCUCACCUAAAAAGCUAUAUAAAGACUCGGUUAAAGCCAGGAAAUCGCUAUCAAUAUAUGCCAAUAGCAGCUUAUCCGACGAUCCAAAUACCUCUAUCGAAAGUAUAGCGGAUAUACCCAUCACGCUUAUAAACCCGAAGUACACGUACACGAAAUCCCCUGAAGCCGACACGCAAAGGAGCGAGAUAGAUAUACGUGUGGAAUCGAGUGUGACAAGGACAGAUGAUUGGGAAACGUCGGUCGAGUUGAGUUUCGUUUCGAAAACACCUAAAGGGAGACGAAGCAUUCACGGCAAUGAGAGCACGCCGGUUUUUAAUAGAAGUCGCACUACAACACCUGAAAGAAAUGACUCGCCCAUCGCACCACUUCUUUCUACAAGGACUGCAAGAAGCCGUUCUCGUACACCUGAAAUAAGUCCUCGCACGUCGCCGUUACCCGCCAUUCCAGAGAUGCCUAAACUUGAGCUAAAGUCUGAUCCGCACCCAACUUCGACUUUGUUGUCCAAACCGAUCAGAACCAGACUACGUACGCCAGAUAAAAUAGAGAAGGUCAUAGAAUCGCCACGCCUUGAAGUAAUCAAAGAGUCUCCAACUACGGAAUUGCCUGUUCCAGCGCCUCGGAAAAACCUUCGAAGUUCAAAAACACCUGUAGAGGUAGAAACACAAACGGAACAAUCAGUUAUAGAAAAUCCGAGAAAUCUAAGAAGCCGCUCAAAAACUCCUGAUAAACAUAUGUCGCCGAAAAAGGAAAUUAUAGUGAAGAGUCGAAAAUCGCUCUCGAGAAUCGUUCUAGAAGCGAAUACUUUUGCUAAAACAAAACAGACUGAAGAAAUUGAAAUAACUGAAGAAAUAUCUGAAAGCACUAUUGAGUGUACUCCUGUUAAGAGUUCCAAACAAAUAUCUAGUAUAAUGGAUAUGUCAUUUUCUCCUAUAGUUAACAAAUCCAUUUUACAAAGUUCAAAUGAAAGUAUUUCUGUACAAACCGAAAAGAAUACCGACGAGGAAAUCAAAGUACCCGCUUUUACUAGUAUUCAUGCAGGCUUGACAGAUGAGUCAGUUUUGCACAGCUAUCAGAGCAGCGUUGCUGAACAAUCUAGCAUCCAAGAAAGUAAAGACGACAGUGCUAAAGACAAUUUACUAAAAUACACCACCUUAAACGAAGAUAUUGGUAAAUCAGUACUACAUAGCUACGAUAGCUCCAUAGACACCAGUGCAAAGGAGGCCCAAAAAGUAGAAAUAUCUAAGCCACCCAAAACUUUGGAUACAAAUAACUCUGUGUUAGAAGAUAACAGCAUUCUUAUUUCGAAUCAGUCUAGCUUAAUGACAAAUGAUAGUGAAACCGAAGACAAAGAUUGGAAAGUGGAAAGAGAUGCAAAAGUGAUACAGCAAGAGAAGAACAAAAUCGUUGAAAUAGAAAGAGAGAUAAAUGAAAUCGAGGGCGAUCUAUCUGAUGAUGAAUGUCGAGCGGAAACAGACUCAGGCAAUGAAGUUGUUGAAGUGGAGUCUCCUGAGGAAUCCGGCGACGACGAUGAAUCCGACAGUUCGGAAGAGGAUGAUUCAAAUGAUGGUGAAGAAGAUGUUAUAUCUAUAGAGGACUCCGAUUCCGAUCUCGAUCAGUUGCAAAUUGAUAAUCAAGCCGAAAUACCAAUAAUAGAACCUCCUUCUGAAAUUGUUGAAAUGGCAGACGUCGAAAUUGAAAAGGUUGAGGAUAUAUCUAAAGAAAAAGCUGAAGAAGAUAUUGUACCUGAAAAGGCUGACAGCACUCAAAUAUCGGAUAGUAUGGAGGUUUCCACAGACCCAUUAAAUCAAGCUCAAAUGUCGCUAAUGACAGAUGACAAUUCUGAAUUUGAACAAUCUAUAGUGAGUCAUGUCGAAGAAUCAAACCAAAAUAAAGAUUCACCCAUGGAUAUAGAUCAAGCCGAUGUUGAAACUAAAAUCGACGAUGAAAAUACGCAAAAUAAAGAUGAAACACAUAAACAAACUUCAAGUGAACAACACCAAGAAGAACUGCAAACACAAGAUAUUAAAAUGGAUGAAAACGUUGUCACUCCACUAACUGAAAAAGAAGUAGGCCAGGGUGAUUAUAAAAACAAAGAGAAAGCAAUCAAAUCAGAGGAAAAUCCAGAAAAAGAAGAGAAAAUCGAAGAAGUCAAAGAAACAGAAAAUAAGGCAAUCAAACAACUAACAACGCCGCGUAAACGUAGGGGUUCAACAGCGUCGAAUGCAUCCAGGCAAGAAACAAACGUGGAAGAGGAAAAACCCACAAGGACCAGAAGACAGUCAAUGCAAAGCGAAGAAAAAACUCCUCCGAAAACAAGUAUCGAUAUAACGGAGAAUAUUCCAGAAACGCCCGAGGUUGAUUCGCCAAGAACAAGAAGGCGUUCGAAAACGCCAAAUAUAGAAAGGAGAAUACUCACAAGGCGCGCCUCAAGGGAAUUGUCCGAAAAGGAUGACGAAGUGAUGCCGCUUGAAGAAUUAACACCUCGUCGCCGCACUCGUGCCAGUUUAAAGAAAGACGAUGAUAACUCUAGCGUCGUCUCUGACAGCUCAAGCAAAUCUGCCAAAGCAAGCGAAGAGCGAAAGGGACGGAAGAUUAUUAAUACGGAGUUGACUGUGAUACCGGAGGUGGAAGAUUCUACUAAAGAUGUUGAGGAAUACUCUACUUCAAGACGAAUAACUCGUCACCAAAAAGCUGUGUUAGAGCGUUCGGUCUUAUCGCCUGCGCGUGCGACGCGUGCGCAGGAAUCUGAUCCUCUUAGACAACUCGAUACUACUGAUCAUGAAGGCAGACGCGCGAUGUCGGAGGUUAAGAAUGUGGUGAAACCUGCUAGAAUCGGUCGCAGCUCAUCCGUCGAUGUAGUCGCUGGUGACCCAGGGGCAGAGUCUCCCUUAGGCACGCCCACUCGUGGAAGACGCGCGUCGUUUACACGCGCCAUUCAAGCCAUACACACGCCCAAAGGACGAAGGGCUAGUACAGAUGUUAAGAGAGACAUAGAAAGUAACCCGGCUUCUCCCGCGGGUUCGGAUACUAGUGUGAGCACUCCCACCCGUCGAAGCACGCGUAGAGUUUCCAUACAAUCUUCUAACACUCCAGAACCGGGCAAAAGAACUCGAAAGGUCGCAGAGAAGAAGCAAGACGUUCAAGAAUAA